AUGGACUUGCAGGCCGAGUUUUUGAAGGAUGCUGAAGAUUCGCUGUGGACCGAUCCACAUGAACAUGUUGUGCUGGCACUGACAAGAACCGUGGAAAGAGCGGCGAUUGGGCUGGAGGGUGGCCUGAUUGGCUGCAUGCGGCUAUUGAACAAGCACUGGAAGUCUAGUGUGGACGGUGGAGUGACCAGGCUCUGCCCAAAACCCAGCGCUGCUUCGCUGCUGGACAUUUGCGACUCUGUGCACAGGUCGUUCCGGCAUCUGAAGUUCCUGGAUUUGAGCAAAUGUGAAAUGGUAGACGACUAUGCCCUCAGGCACCUGAUCUCACUGACAGGCCUAAAAGACCUGUCACUAAGUUCUUGUGACCUGGUAUCGAAUAAGGGCCUGAGCUUCAUAUCCCACCUCACCCAGUUGGAAGGAUUGGAUCUUUCUUCCUGUUGGAAGGUGUCCCACGAUGGCCUGGCACAGCUGGGCCAGUUGACGAACUUGUUGCAACUCAACGUGUCCAAUUGCGACUUCUGGCCAGCCAGCAGACCGCAUGCCUUGCCUUGGCUGCCCAAGUUGUCCAUCCUCGAUCUCACCGACUGCCAGGGUGUGGAUGACAAUGCCCUGGCAGCCAUCGUCACCUUUACAGGGCUGGAGGAGCUGACCCUAGACGGGUGCCACUUAGUGACAGAUGAUGGCCUGAAGCACAUGACACUGCUGCCGGCGCUGAGUUGCCUACGGCUGGUGGGGUGCUUCAACCUCGCAGACAGAUGCAUCGCAUCGUUGUCAGGUGUUACAUCCCUCCAGGAGCUCAACCUUGGGGAGUGCUGGGGAUUGACGGACGACAGCUUGUCUUGCAUCACAGCACUAGUGUCCCUGACAACCCUCAAUCUCAGUGGCUGCACGUCGAUUUCAGACGAAGGCGUGGGGGUACUAACGUGCUUGACUUCCCUUUGCACCCUGGCGAUGAAUGGCUGCAUCUGUAUUGGCGAUGGCAGCCUGGCAUGCCUGACCCACCUCCCCACGCUGACGAGCCUGGAGGUUGAGGACUGCGACAGGAUCACUGACACUGGUUUGCAUGCACUGAGUGGCUCCACCAGCCUAACGUAUGUGGCCCUGAGUGGCUGCUGCAAGGUGACUAACUAUGGUCUUGAAUCACAUCCUUGUUUGGCUAGAUUGGGUUUGGGGUGUUUAACAAAGAUGUAG